CUCCUUCAGUCACUUCCUGACCUUCUUGAGAUGUGACACCUGCCACCACUGCCUUGCUACCUUCAUGGUUUGCUGCACCAGCAACUCGCGUUUCUAUCAAAUGCUUUCACACUCAGCGUCGUCACGUACCAAGACUGAGGAUUGAAAAUGUUUCUUCUGCUCAGCUGUUGGAUUCUUACAGGAAUCAGGGCAGAGGACGCAGCAGUGACACAUUACAAAAUGAAAAACAGCUCAAUAUGUCUGAAUGUUACAAAACCACCACCAUAUUUAGGUGGUUCAUGGAAAUUUGCUCAAAUGCUCAUUGCCUCUAAAGAACAUAUAAAUCCAAGCUUUGCAGAGAAAGUGGAAUUCAGUCCCAAGAAUCUCACGUUGUGCAUUAAAGGGCUGACUCACACGGACACUGGAAUCUAUGAGGCCACAAUCCUCGAGCGUAACUAUUCUCAAUCGACUGAGAAACACAGAGUCAUCGUUCAAGACAGCGUCCCCAGGCCUGCCGUCCAAGUGUCUGUCCUCCACUCCAACCAGUCUGCAGGACUCUGCAGCACCGCAGUCAACUGCUCCGUGUGGGGCGAGUGGGCGUUGGCCGACUGCGACGAGGACGGCUGCAGAGCGUCUCAGAGGUCGCGCCCAGAGGUCAUCAGAAUCACCAUCUCCGCCAUCAACUGGACCGUCGUCUGCAGCGCCAACAAUCACGUUAGCGCCAAGACUGAGUCGGCAAACAUGGCAACAGCGUGCUUCAAUAAACCUGAUCCUGAACACAAAGAGGCAUCACUACCUGUAUUUAGAAUAGUCAUACUUUGUGCAGUGUGUGCAGCUCUCAUUAUAUUUAUUGCUCUUCUGGCUCAGAAGGUUUCUUCAGAAUGUAAUCACCGUCAGAGACAGACGUUGGUUGAGGAGCAGCCACAGCCGGAGACCAGAGGCUCUACCUCGUCCUCCAGCCCGUCUGAGGUCGCUUAUGAAAACGUGGACGCCACACAGCCCGCCGAGGAAAUGGGGGCCGCGCCAAGUCAGGAAGUGGAGACUGUCUACAGCGUUUUACAGGCAGUGGCUCCUCCUCCUGUUGAGAGUGAGACGCUUGGAGAAGCUUCACACUCACUGACGAUCACUGAGGUUAACACUUUGUACAGCGUGUUGCAAAAGCCCAAAACUCUGAAGUCACAGCGCCACCAACAGGUCACAUGAGACCACCAGAGGAGGUGAAAGAUUACGUCUGUCUAAUAUGGACAUUCAUGCACUAUUCACUCUCUUUAAACUGGAAAACACAACUUUGUACAUACACACUUUCUGUGCUUCACUCAACUCAAAGGGAAAUAAUCCAAUGAGCUUGAAAACACUGGAACUUCUGCCACGAGCAACGAACUGACCUGAAUGGGCUUCGACCUUAUGGCUUAAAUAUCAUUCCCUGUUAUUAAACUGAGAAAGGAUUUGAAAGGUUGAAAUCAAAUGAAGUAUUUGCAUGAUUGAAAGUAAGUUAAGAUGCCUUGUCUAUAUAUUGUUUGCAGCAUUUGAACAACAGUGCUUACUGUACCAGAGACUCACUGUCUUCUGCAUGUUUAACCUCGUUGUGAAAUAGAAUUACUGGAUUUAAUCUGACAGUUCUCAAUAAAAGAUAUAAAAAAAGACUUUUAUAGAUUUCUGUUACAACCCGCAAGAUGUAAAAAUACAUCAAGGAAAAAGAGGUGAUUGCUUUGUGGUCGAUUCUACAUAAGAGCAUCUCCACUUCCUGUCGUACAAAAGUGAAACCAACAUAUCAUAGAUACUGGUGCCACCAUCUUUCACCUCAUUUCUGCAAAAGGACAGAAACCAUCUUGAAACUGAUUUGACUUUUUAGUUUGGUUCAUGUCCCGUCUGCUAACAAGGAGGAGGCGGAGUUCAUGACCUCUCCUUCUGCUGGCCACCAGGGGGAUUGAGAUGAUUUCCCUUCACUUUUGGGGUCAUGUCUAUAACAUGUUCAUGCAGGAGGUUCUCUAUGUGUUUAAAGUGGAACCUGCAUCCACCGUGUGCUGGAGGAUUCAGUAUCGCUCCAGUCAACAUGGGGCAGUGAGCAGCUGCUGAAUCAGGUCGGAUCAGGUCCACGACACAAACCUACAAUACUUUCGUUUGUUAGCAGGAACCAGGCGGAGGGUUACCAUGGAACUCGGUGGAAGGAUGUGGUCAGGAACAAAACACCAGAUUUCAUUUUGGUGUGGAUCUUUUUCACUUCCUUUAACAUUGUGAGACGAGGGGCUUUUAAAUAUUAUAGUGAUUUCUCAGGAAAUAGAAAGUCUGUUCAGGGGACUGGUAUUCAUGAGUGUGUGUGUGUUUCGGUGCAGAUCCAAAUAAAACUCUGGUUCUACAUGUGAGUUUCACGAGGGGACUGUCGGGCCUCGGUGGAGGAACGUGCUCGACCGACUCAGAUGAUGUGAAACAACUCUAUUUCUUAGUCUAUCGUUUUAUUAAAAGUUACAUCCUGUCAUAUUUGUGUGAAAGGAAGUGUAGACGAGCUGAGCUCAGAAGAGGAAGUUUGAAAAGCUCUUACAUGAAAGGUCACUUGAGUUUCUCCUCUGCACCGUGAAGCUUCGUCUCUGCAGAGCAGCGAGGAUGGGACGGGCUUCGCUCUGCUGGUUCUGCUGGUUCUGCUGGUUCUCACUGAACAUCUUCCUCGGCUGUGGACAUGCUGAAGGUGAUUGAACAUUCUUCGUCUCUUUGUUUUAUUCGUUCAAGAUGAGUCUUUAAAUGAAGUCACUGACACAUCCUCUGUCCUUGUGGCGGCUUCGAGACGCUGUCGUGACCGUCGGGCCACAGGGGGCCCCUCGUUGGCCCCUCGUUGGCCCCCUGUUCCCCGGAGAGUCCCUUACCUUUACAUGAGACAUGAGGGAGGAAACACACACAAACUGGUAUUACACAAUCAAAAAGGACGGUCAUGAACUUUUCCGAUACGACACAAUAAGGAGACACAACUUCUAACUACGGUGAGCCUGGAUCCUGCUUCAUCUCAAGUGUAUUGUGAAGUGCGGUGACACGUGUCUCUAUGAAUCAAUCCAAGGCCCUGAGGACACUGUCUCUGAAGCGUUAUGCAGCUUCCGUGAACACUAUAGAUGAUUUGAGGAAUGAUUUAACUAUAGAAAGAAAUAUCUACGUUUCAGAUGAAUCCAGGGAAGUCAUAUAUUCUUUCAUAGAGCUUAGAAACCUUGAUGGAAAUGGUGAGUUCUUACUGGGGUAAGAAAAAUGGAAAUUAAGAAUUUCAUUAUUGAUAAUAAAUUGUACAAUACAAAUUAGCAUUACUUGUCAGAAAAUAUCAUCUGUAUCAAUCAGUAUUAAUCUGUGAAUAUUUGUUCUUGUAUAUAUUACAAAAAGAAAACGGUAUAAAUGAGUUUUAUACACGUUCACAGUAUAAACUGAGCUGGAAAACUUCCAUCGAAUCUUCUGUCCAAUCACGUCAGCUGAUGAGAUUAUGAGUUAAACCUUCAACGACUCACGGUUGUAAUGUUCAUGUUAGGAUAAGUCACUGUUAUGCUUUAUUUUACAUGGACUUCAUUAUUUUGUUUCUCCUCAUGUCCAUAUGCUCCUGAGCGUCAUGUUACUUCAUAUACGUCCAAAACAUGUGAAUAUGACCCUGUACAGAUUGUGAAAUAGAUUUAUACACAUUACAUUAUACAUGUUAAAUUAGAAGUUUGUCCCGCGCAGCAGCACUUCUCUGUACGUGUGAAGAGGGACUGACACGUCCCUCCUUCCUGUCUUCUGCAGUACUUUUACUGCUGGUUUACAAGAAUUUAAAACUAUCUGAAUUGUAAAUGUUGGUUUUUUUCUGCAUAUUUUAUAACAAAGUAAAUGAUCUAUGAUGUAUGUUUGUCAAAUAAAUCCCUCACCUAUUG